UAGGUAGGUAGGUAUCUAAGUACGUAUUUAGGUUAGGAUAUGGUGUUGGUACGGCAGCAAAUAACGUUUGUGAUAAGGAUGCUCAUGCAAAUGUUUUCAUCCAGGGUACCGGAUGUUGGAGGUGACGAUCUGCAUGGAGACAACAGUAGCUUACCAUCACUGGAAAGACCAGACGAUGCCACUUUUAUCCAUCCAGCUGUGUCUUCCGGAGAUUUUGCUACAAUUGUACAGUUGAAGGAAGAACGAACUCUGACAGAUCAGGAAAAGUACCAUCUACUUACUAACCAUUUCCGGCCCAGCGCUACCUACCGCUUUCCAUCUGUUCUUUAUGGGAAGAAGAAGCGUGCAUUUCAACAUGACUGGCUUCACCAAUAUAACGGUCUUGUGUAUUCUGAGACAAUGCAGGGAAGCUACUGCAAAUACUGUGUCCUGUUUGGUCAAGCUGCGUACUCUGUGUACAGUUUUACCGGUACUCUGAUUAGUAAACCACUCACUAAUCUCCAGAAGGCCAGUGAGAAGCUGCGUAACCAUUUCAUUGGUGUCGGAGGGAGUUCAGCAAGGAAGUACCACUUACAAGCUGUUGAAAAGGCAGAGAAUUUUAAGGCUGUGAUGGAAAAGAAACAGUUGCCAGUUGACCAGCAACUUUCCAGCCUUCGAGCUCAGCGUAUUGCCAAAAACAGAGAAAUCCUAAGAUCUGUAGCAGAAACUGUUAUACUUUGUGGCAGGCAAGGGCUUGCUUUGAGAGGCCAUCGCGAUGAUUGGAAGUGGUUAGAGAAAACGCCAUACGCUAAUCACGGAAAUUUCAUGGCCCUACUUCAGUUUCGGAUUCAGAGUGGAGACAAAGUUUUAGCUGAUCACCUUCAAUCUGGUGGUUACCAAGGAAACGCUCUGUACACAAGCAAAACCAUUCAAAAUGAGUUGAUUGACGUAUGUGAUCAUAUAAUCCGCACCCGCAUUUUAAACGAAGUCCGAGAUGCCCCUUUUUCUCAAUCAUGGCAGACGAAGCAACAGAUGCUGCCAAUAAGGAGCAGCUGGCUAUCAGUGUCCGGUAUGUGAAGGAGGCUACACGAAGUAUCGAAGAGCGAUUCUUAGGUUUUAGUGAGUGUGUUACUGGCGUAACUGGAGAAGCCAUAGCAGAUCGCAUUCUUCAGCAUCUAGUCGACUGGCAGCUUCCAGCCGAUAAUCUCAUCGGUCAGACGUACGAUGGUGCCGGAGCCAUGGCUGGAAGAAAGAAAGGAGCAGCAGCACGCAUAACACAGCUCUACCCAAAGGCUCUUUAUACGCAUUGCAAUGCGCAUGUUCUCAACCUUUGUGUGGUAAAAUGUUGUCGCAUUCGUGAAAUCCAGAAUGCCAUGGACACCGCUGACAGGAUUUGCCGUUUCUUUGCCAACUCGCCAAAGAGACAGCUUGCUUUAGAAAAGUCGAUAGGAGCGGUUUUGGAUGGUGAGCAUCGCAAAAGAAUAAAGUCACUUUGCAAAACUAGAUGGGUGGAAAGGCACCAGGCCUUUGAGGUCUUCGCAGAUCUCUUACAGCCAUUGAUUUUCUGUUUGGAAGAGAUCAAAGAUUCGGUGGAGUGGAACAGAGAAACCAGAGCUGAUGCACAGUCAUUCUUUCUGGCUUUAACAAGAUUUCCGUUCAUCUUCACUUUAAUACUGACAAAGGAUGUUUUAGCGUACACUAAAGCCCUGAGUGUCAAGUUGCAGGGCCGUUAUGUUGACAUAGUGAAGGCAUACCAGAAAAUAAGGUUUGUCACUUCCACACUUCACAGUGCCAGGGUGAAUGUCACUACAAUCCAUUCACGAGUCUAUCAAAAGGCUUUGGAAGUAGCCGGUAAGGUUAAUGUAGAAGAGAGCUUGCCAAGAACGACUGGACGUCAACAGCACCGCGGCAAUGUGCCUGCAUCUUCUGCAUCCGAUUACUACCGGAAACAGCUGACCAUCCCAAUGCUGGACCAUCUCAUCAAUGAAAUGGGUUACCGGUUUAGCGAAAGUUCUUCAGCUGUUGUUUCUCAAAUCACGCGUCUUUUGCCACCAUCCUUGGCAGUGAGUGACAACAUCUUGUCUUCAGCAGAUAUUCCCGACUUGGUCAAGAUGUAUGGCGAUGAUUUACCAGCCGCAGCUGCUCUGGAUACGGAGCUUCACAGCUGGACAGUGAAAUGGAGCGGGUCGGUACAGUUUGCAGCAGAUAAAGAUACACCCUCGAAGGUUCUCAACCAAAUCGACAAGGACUUCUUUCCAAAUGUUGGGCAGCUGUUAAAGAUAGCAUGCACACUCUCGGUAACAAGUGCGGAGUGCGAACGUUCCAUUAGCCGUCUGCGGUUUUUGAAAACUUGCAUGCGUAGCGGCAUGGGAGAGUCACGCUUGAAUGGCCUAACGCUGCUCCAUGUUCACCGGGAUAUCCCGUGUGAUGCUGAAGCCGUCGUGGAAGAAUUUGCAAAGCGAAACCCACGGCGGCUUCAGCUGUCCGAGUUUUGUUAGCAAUGGUUUGUUUGUUAAAUAGUUAUGUGAGAGAUCUGCCUUGAA